GUGUCGGAAAUCGAGAUGGCGGCGUCAAGUAGACAAGACCAAGAACACACAGGGCUUCAGCUACCCGUAAAUUCUGUAAAAUCGCUCUUGCUAAACCACUUCGAAAGGAGAACUUUAGGGGAAAAACUUCGCGUUAAAGAACUUGGACCUGAGAAGCCCGGUCUGAAUUUAACACAGCAGACACAGGAGAAAGGUAAAACGUACCAGAGGAGCUCUUGAACUGGUAUGACAUGAAGGCUUGGCUAACUGGAUGUAGUUUUGCAAAUGCAGUAUUCUGCUUCCCGUGUUUACUUUUUAAAAUGCCGGGGACAGAUAUUGUAGGGGCUGUAACAGGAGUUAGAGACCUAAAACAUUUAUCAGAGCGGAUUAAAAAACAUGAAUGCUGGAAGGUGCACAUGAACAACGCCGUCAAGCUAGCCAUGCUAGACAGGACUAGCAUAGCUGCGCAGCUGGAUGAAGGACACAGGAGAGAAAAAUCAAGGAAGAGGUGGAUAAAAAUACACAUAUUUUAUCGAAGAUCAUUGAUUGUGUGAAAUUCUGUGGAGCUUUUGAGUUGGCAUUGCGAUGCCACGAUGAGACAGCAUCGUCCGACAACCCCGGCAUUUUUCGAUGAUUAGUCGACCUUGUGGCCUCGCUGGAAGGUGUGUUAGAGGAGCACCUGAAGACCGCCACUGUCUUUAAAUCCACCUCAAAGACAGUUCAAAACGAACUUUUGGACAGUAUGCUGACGGUUCUUCGAGACUGCAUUCUAGAGGAUAUAAAAAGGGCAGAUUAUCUGGCCAUUCAGGCAGAUGAAACAACAGACACUGCCACUCAUUGUCAGCUGGUGCUUGUGCUACGUUACAUUGACAGCCUGAAUAAAGUCCGAGAGCAUUGUUAUGAGUUCAUCCAGCUUCCAAACGCGACCGCUGACACAGUCGCCACUGCGGUGUUGGAAAGGCUGAAGACUUUUCUUCCUGAAGGACAACGGGGAAAACUAAUCGCCCAGGUCCAUGACGGAGCUGCCGUGAUGAGAGAAGCCACAGGUGGCGUGCAGCGCAAGGUUCAAGACGUGUACGGGAGUGCCCACUACGUUCGUAGUAUCUUUUCACAAGAUCAUGGCACAUGUAGACAUGCUGUUUAACCAGCUGCAGAAGAGGAACAUGGACUCUGUCUACAUCACAGGAGUCAUUCAGAGGUUCACCAACAGCAUACAAGCUAUCAGGAAUCAACAGCAGUUAUAAAUGUGGCAGAUGAGCUCAAGCAGCUCAACAGCUCUCAGAGAAGUGCCACUGCCAUCGACGCAGUCACCAAGAAGAAAGAGGAAAGGACACCGUGGAGGUAUCGACUCUUCGGGCGCCCCUUGAAAAAGGAAAAUCCUCCUAAAGACAACAAGCAAAGCGUCACCACCUCAGAUGGCAAAAAAUCAAAGGAGGUGAAGAAGCCACGUUGGUGGAUGUGUUGGAAGAAGAGAUGUAAGGUUGGACCCAUCCCCGAAGAACAAAAGCCGAAGGAGGCGUGCCACUCCAAACCUGAAACGCCUAACCACCACACCAAGAAGGAGGAACAGCCAAAACAGAACAAUGUUCCUAAAGACCAACCUAAGAGAAAGAAAGAAGUUACAGUGGCCCCCAUAAAGACCCCUAGAUAUAAGCAGAUGAGCUGUCUUGGGUUUCCCAACCCAGUGCAGAUCUGCUAUAUGAACUCCUGCUUGCAGAGCCUCCUGACACUGGUAUGCUUUAUCAGAGACAUUAGCCAACAGCAGCAGGUUUGGAGUCUGAGCCCCAACGCAUCAAUCAUAAGAUCAUUAAUAGAUAUCAAAGAGUCCCAUUUCUCCAGUAAUGUUCGUCAAAAACUCAGCGUUCUUGCUGCAUUCAAGAAGGCGGUGUCGCUUAGGGACAGUGAAUUUGAAGAUCUCAGUCAGAAAGAUGCUCAUGAGUUCCUCACGUCCGUGCUGCACCAGAUCAGGUCCUUGGGCCAAGAGCUGCAGGUGCUGGCUGCCAGCAAUGGCACCAUCUACAGCUGUCCGGUGGAGAAUAACAUGGUGUUUAAAAUGCUAAACACCAGGAAGUGCAAGAGUUGCGGAACAGGAUCUGCUAGAGAGGAGGAUUUCACAAACUUAUCCUUGGACAUGAUACCCGGAGGAGGAACAGUACAUGAGAUGAUCGAAGAUUACCAGAAGGAAACGCAGUUGGAGUAUUUAUGCAAGUGCGGUGGUACCGUGUCAGGCCAGCAAUCAUCAUUCAUCAAUCUGCCAAGAGUGCUCGUCUUACAUGUGAAGCGCUUCAAGUAUUCUCCAACAUACCAGCUGAUAAAGGACCAUGACCCCAUCGUCCUCUCCAGAGAAGUUGUGGUGUCAUCCAGGAAGGGUGGUGGCUGCUACAGUUUGGUUAGCACCAUCAACCAUAUCGGCGCCACAGCAACAACAGGACACUACAUCUGCGACGGGGUGGAUCCAGAUGUCGGCCAGAGAGACCCGACUGACCGGUGGUUCACCUACAAUGAUGCAAUGGUCACUGAGACAAGUGGUGCCUCUGUCUGUGACCACCGGCAAAGAUCUUCCUACAUCCUGUUUUACCAAAGACAGGAAUAGACGGCGGGACGCUCCUCAAGAAGACUGGACACCAUCAUCAGUCAUCUUGAUCCCUAAAACAACAAGUCCUCCGAACAACAACCACGGAAUGAGCCGUGGAAAGGUAGGUGGCUAAUUUCUCUGCCUUUCAUUUCAGAGUUUGGGUGAAGAUGGAGGACUGAGAUGGAGAGAUCAUACCAGUACACCCAGAGAGAAAGAUGGAUGAAGACCACAUCCUUGGGCAGAUGGAUGAUGAGCAUGUCCUGUUGCUAGGAGGAGCAGAAAGAUCGCCAGCCCUCAGGAGGAACGGCCCCCCCCCCCCCCCCCCCAGAG